AUGUCAGAGUCUUGUGUUGGCCAGCUUCUCUUAGAGUGGGAUGACGGGCACUUCUAUGUAGCCAAUGAAGUGACCAGCCAUUGGUGUGAGGAUCUCAUGAAAAAUGUGCUGCUGAAGCAUCCUCGGGCGGGGCGGCUCCAGCAUCCAGGUCGGAGCAGCAGGCUCCAUGUCGGCAUCAGCGUCAAGGUGGGGCCCAGGGCCUUCGAGGGGCACUGGGGGAACCACUGGGGCAGCAGCAGAGGCAGGAAGCGCACACGGCGCUACGAGCUUUUUUGGCGCGGCGCCCAUUCGGAGGGUCACGUGACCGUGGCAUUGGCUGCACUUCCAGGACGGCCCCUGGCGCACGAGGGUGUGCGAGGGGUGAGCAGCAAAAGGCACAAGCGGAUAGAUGUAGCUUUGGCCCUCGCCCGAGUUGCUGCACCAGAGUUCUUUCCCUGCUUCCUCCUGGAGCAGACCGUUUCAGGGAGCAGGCUCUUGUGGAGCUUGAAGGAUUUGUACGAGCAGGUCAUCGGGAAAGGUGCGGCCAUGACGGCGUCACGAUGGAUGAACUCUUGGUGGAGUUGGUGGGUGAAAACGUUGGAGGCUCACGGCGUCGGCGUCACAGAGGCCCAUCUCCGGCGUGGCAGCAAUGGAGCAACCCGUGAACUCACUGAGUAUCGCAUUUUCGAGGUUCCUUGCAUCAGCACGGUCGCCUUGCUCCUGCUUGUGACGAAGUGGUCCGGGAAAUCCAAGUCUGGAACCACGAAGAACCCUCAAGCACAGACCGCUUGGGAAAACGUCCUGAAGGCACUGGUGCAAAGGUGCCGGCAGGAAGAGGAUUGGGACAUGGCCGUCUACUUGGACACGGCAGUGGAGUGCAAGGUGGGCUUUCCGAGCAAAGGCAACCGUCUAGUGAAGUUGCCUGUUCGGCGAGGGCAAGUGGACAUGUCUGCUAUUUUGGAUUGCCAAGAUGCCGGCGUUCAUGCCAGUUUGUCCAAGCUGACACCCCAACCUUGCACAGUCAUGGGCCUGCCUCAGUGGUUGCAGUUGCUGGAUGGCGGUGGCCGAAAAAUGCAGUGGCUCUUCAAGCAAGUGAUCAACCUGCUAGCCGAACGUUUGGAGGCGAAGGUGGGCGCGGAGUUCCAGGCCGGGGAUACAGCUGCCGGCCGACAGGCAGACAUGGGCAAGCAGGAUUUGCUUGCAGAUGCCGAGGUCUUGAUGACGCCCGCGGAGGGGCGAGCGUCACGGAGGCGGAAUAAGUUCGCAGCUGGAGUUCGCUUGAGUCUGAACAUGACCUUGCCACGCACCGUGCUGAAGUAUUUCUACGCAAGGCGAGCUCGUCUGCGCAACUGUGACGUCUUGCAUGUGGCCUUUGACGCUUCUCGAGUCGGGGGGUGGCAAGCUCUCAUCGGGUUUGCCACAACUGGUUCAGGUUCGGCGAUGUGGCUCCCGCCGCAGGCCCAAGUGUGGGAGAAACACAUGAUAUGCUAA